UGCGUGUCGCCGUGAUACUUGUGACGCUGUGAAAGGUCGACACUUCGCGAGCUUCAAAAACAGUUUGCCAGCGUGUUUGUUUCAAGACGUCCGCCCCCCCUCGUGUCGGUCCGCCGAGCGGCUCGUACUAGUCGUGUUAUCGAUCCCGGAGCAGAAAGAAGCGCGCGGUGCGGCUCUCGGUUCCUCUUCCUGCAGGUUUCGCGGGUGAAAUUGGCGAACUUUGGUGGCACGAAGUAGAUCGCGCGUUGUGUUGUUGGCAGCGGAGUGAUUCGUGUCCUCUCCCGCCGCCUCCCCCAGCGGCCCCGCGGACGUUAACGGUCGCACAGACGAUGGUUUUACUGAAAAAUCUCCGGCCGCCCACCGAGGGAGUGCGGCAUGAGCAAGCCGAGACCUCCGUGGUGAUGGACGGCCACCAGGUGGGCUGCGGCACGCUGUACAUCGCAGAAACACGUCUGUCGUGGUUCGAUGGCUCUGGGAUGGGUUUCUCUCUGGAGUACCCCACCAUCGGCCUGCACGCCAUCUCCAGGGACGUCAGCGCUUACCCAGAGGAGCACCUGUACGUAAUGGUCAACGGCAAACUCGCAGAUGAGAACGGGACUGAAAUGGCAGAAAGACCGGCCAAUCGUGAAGAAGACGACCGUAGCAGCAGUGGUGGGGAGGAUGAUGAUGAUGAAGAUGGAGCCAUCACAGAGGUCCGGUUUGUGCCCAGCGACAAAGUGGCAUUGGAGUCCAUGUUCUCAGCGAUGUGCGAGUGCCAGGCGCUGCAUCCUGACCCAGAGGACGACGAUUCCGAUAAUGACUUCGAAGGCGAAGAGUACGACGUGGAGGAAGCCGAAGCAGAGCACGGACACGCCGACAUCCCGACCUUCUACACCAGUGACGAGGGUCUGUCGGCGCUCACACAGGAGGGCCACGCCACGCUGGAGAGGCUGGAGGGCAUGUUGGCCCAGUCGGUCGCUCAGCAGUACCACAUGGCCGGGGUCCGAACCGAAGAACCCAGCGUUGAAUUUGAAGACGGCAUGGAGGUGGAGGCAGCAGAGAUGGAGGCCGGUCAGUUUGAGGACGCGGACGUCGAGCACUGAGGGACACGGAGAGACGGGGACAGCAGCACUGACCCCAUCAUACCUGGAAGAACGGCCGAGAGGAACACUGCAGAUCUUUAGAGCGGUUUCCGUUUGCUUUGUUCUGUAAUUGAAAGGUUUUAAAGAAGCCUGCAGCCUCAAAUGUAGAACCAGGCAGAACUACAGCAGAGGUUUCCACUGCAGGAGAAGUGUGUGGAGAUUGGUUGAACACUCCUCCUGUCACACCGCCACACACGCAUUGUUUAAUUAAAGACCAAAACUGGAGCAUCUGUUUUCAAACAAAUUAGAUGUGCCGUUAAACUCUUAGUAUUGGUUAAUAUGUCCGUAUGGUAAAAGGCUCCAUGCUAAUUAUGUACAGGUUGUUGGGUAUUAGUUCACGCUGAUAAAGGCUCCAGGAACAGAGGAACUUACAUUAAUUCACAGUGUAGUGGCUGCAAAAACGGUGGUGUUGUGUAUUGUAUGUGGGAAAGAUCUGUGUGUAGGGGGCUUCUCAAAGAGGAUUUGUGUUGGGCCUUCGUUGUUGGUCCGGUUUAGCCACGGUGAGUGAAAUCAUUUUUUGCCCUAAACACACCUUUUUAUGUUGAAUUAUAAAACCACAUGCUAAUUUGAAUCUACCAGGAAUCUUCACUAACAUUAAUCAUGACAUUGUAAUUGUAUGACAGCAUAAUAAGCCCAUAGUUGUAAAGGAGAUAAUGUGGCAUGUAAAUGAAAGGGCUCUUAUAUGCAAUGAAAAUAAAAAUGCAUUUACGCAUUUA